UCAUGUGACGGUCAUAUAGUACAACUCAGUCGGCGCACAGUCCAGUCUGAACGGUGCUGCUGCACUGCAUGGCGAGUCUCAAGGGCAAAACCUGCUCUGGCAACACACUGCCACGUCGGAUGCUACAGAUAAAAACAAUCCUCCUUGCGCAUUUUGAUUUGGGAUUAUAUUUGCUUUGAUUCAACAAGACAAAGUCAAUCUUGGCUGGAGACCUUGGAUUGUAGGACUGUUUCUCCCCCACUUACUUUUUCCACCCCGAGGGAGUACACCAGGUGUUUCACUAUCUCACUGCAGUGGGAAGUGUGGCCUUGGUGACCUGGGUUUGUUUGGCCCAGCAUUCCCAGUAGCACAAGGAAUAAUUAUCUCACAAAUCCUCCUAAAUACAGACUCCGAGUCCAACAGGAGACAGCCAUUUGGCACUGUCCAGGGAUGGUAGAUAACUCCCCAGUAAGUGAGGGGACUUGUCUUCCUUACAGUGGCUCUCCACAGGCCUACCAGCUGUCUGACAUGGUGACAGACCUGAGUUCCUACCAGGUGAUGCCGUCGCCUUUUUCUGAGGACGACCUGAGCGAGUCAUCCAGCCCUCGGUCCUGUUCCAGCCCAGACUCCCAGGUGCUCAGCUCCAGUUACGGCAGCAACUCUAGUGCUGAGAGCCAGGACAGCAUCCUGGAUCAUUUGCUGUCCAAGGCCUCCUUAGGUGGUGCCAACAGUGUGCUGGCAGGCUCUGUGGCACCUAUACCCUUAUCCACUUUUUUCUGGGAAUCACGGAGAGAUGAGCCCUCAAAACGCGAGACUGUAAAGGAGGAAAAUUUUGACUUCCUAACAUGGUCCAAUGUGGAGACAGAGGAACAACUUGGAGGGUCUUUUCAGCCCACACUGGAAGAGAUUGAGGAAUUUCUGGAGGAGAAUAUGGACGUGGUAACGAUGAAGCAGGAGAUCAGAGAGGGUUGUGCGGAGAUGGGAGUGGGAUUGGAGGAAGCUCUUGGUCUAGAAGUUGGUUUGGAGUGGUGCAGGGACACCUCCCCUGAGCCUAAGCUGGAGCCAGAGGCAAAGUAUUCAGACCAAACUGUCCCCACUGCUAGCACUGCUGGCCUGGCCACUGCUGCCUCCAGUGAGACCAAAACUACAUCAGUUAACCCCGCACAUGAAUCCAGCACAGGGGCCAAGAAGGCAUCAGCCAACAAACCCUCACCAGCAGACAGUAGCACAAACAGCAGUGGAAUGCCGGUUAUCCUACAGAUUCAGCCCCUUCACAUCAAGCAGGAGCCAACAGUAGCACCUCUCACCUCAGUAGCCCAGCCCCCGCCGCCUGCCUCAGCCUCAGACAUCAAAAUUGCACAGCUACUGGUCAACAUCCAAGGCCAGACCUUUGCCCUGGUGCCCCACAUCCUGCCCUCCCCCAGCCUUAAUAUCUCCUCCAAGUUUGUACGCAUUGCCCCUGUCCCCAUUGCAGCCAAGCCUCACGGGCUUGGGGAUAACUCAGCCAGCCAGGGAUCAGGGAUUCUUGUUGGAGGUCAAAAGUUCCAGAAGAACCCAGUGGCGGAUCUUAUCAAAAUGCACAAAUGCACUUUUCCUGGCUGCACCAAGAUGUACACCAAGAGCAGCCAUCUGAAGGCCCACCUGAGGAGGCACACGGGGGAAAAGCCUUUCGCCUGCAAUUGGCAGGGCUGUGGAUGGAGGUUUUCCCGGUCAGACGAGCUGUCUCGACACCGGCGUUCCCAUUCAGGUGUCAAGCCCUACCAGUGUCCAGUCUGUGAGAAGAAGUUCGCCCGCAGUGACCACCUGUCAAAACACAUCAAAGUCCAUCGUUUUCCACGAAACAGCCGGACAGUUCGCUCAGCAAACUGACGCCCCCAUUCAGAUCACUGGCAAUGCUGGGAUCACAUAGCAGACAUAGGUUGCAGGAGCAUGGGGUGCGAACGUGAACGUACAGGUGUGUGCCCAAAUGUUUGCACCAUCGUACAGUCAGUUUGAAUAUGUGAGCAGAAGCAUGCCUUGCUUUUUGUUUCAGCUGUCUGUGAUUGUUCUAAUUUAUUGUAAAAAAGUAAACCAACAAAGUGACCAUCCUGUCUGUCAUCAGCUAAAGGUUGUUGUUGCUGUUGGUGCUUUGGUAUGUUGUACUCCUUAUGUUUGUUCUGUCCUUAUCACCUGCCUCAGCAGAAGAUAAGAUAAGCUUAUUUUCAUUCAGCCUGGAUUAUGUGAUAGCUUUGCUAAUAGUCUUGCGUAUCCAUUCUACCCGGAUCAAAACAAUUGCCUUUUAUCUUCUUGAAAGCUGCCAAUGUCUCGGACAUUCCUCAUCUUAUGCAAUGUUUGGGAAGCCAGAGGAAGUUCAUUUGGAUUCUCAUUAGCUACUACUGGAGUAGUUACUCUGCGCGGGUCCACAGAGUUUUCUCCUGUGAGGUUUUUCUGAUAGCUUUGUCCUAGUUUUUGCUGCCUUGCUGUUCAUUGACAGUAUGGUUGAAGAAUACCUUUAUUAUUCAACUUGGGGUUGAUGCACAGAGAGAGACUGGAGAAAUUUCACGGUAAACUACCAGGGCUCCUCUUAUAUUUAACAGCAACUUUAUAAACCUGCUGGGUCCUGAGGACAGGAACAGCAGAGCACCACAAGAAGUGCAAAUGUGAAAUGCAACUAAAAGGUGAAGCGUACAGCCAUUGUUCAGUUGGCCUUGAUCAGUGUUACAUGAUCUGUUUUAUGAAGCUAAUUCAUGUGUAUCUACUUGCUGGUCUUCUAUUUGUAUUGCUUUUCUGGCCUUACCGUACCACAAAAUCCUUAGUGGAGAGCCAAGUGGUUUGGAAGGUUAGGCCUUACAGUGAUCCAUAUUUUAGUGGGGUGUGAAAGUGACAGUUCGGAUUUUUUGAAGUGGGGUUGUAUGGGGUACUUAUCCAUAGUGUAUGACAUACAGUAGAUGUCAGUCAAUGUACUGCUGUGGAGAGGUCAGCAACAAAAUAUAUUUUAGCCACCAAAAAAAAAAAUCCCACCUAAAAAUCAAUAUCAGAUUAAAUGUAUGCUAUAUUGAGAGAAGGGAUGCACAAUUUGGGAUUUUUUUUUUUGGCAUUAUCUGAUAUGCUGAUGUGCAGUGACUGAUAAUCAAUACCAAUAUCGAUACAUCCACUUUUUUCCCCCAUCUAAUUUUAGUGACCUUAAAGUGUCUAAUGUAGUGGAAUUCACAUCAUAUUAUGUAUGCAUACUCUCCCGAUGAUGAAUCCAUUCGGAUGACCCACCAGCAGAUGGAGACAUGAAAUAGAAUGCUUUUCAAUGUAUGUUAUAUUGAUUCACUGUGCAAAAUGAGAAAAAGCAUGUUGGCUGAUGCUGAUAGGUCAUUUAAAAGCUGAUAUGGGCUGAUACCGGUGACAUGCCGAUACUAACAUGCAUCCCUGAUUGAGAGUAUUUUCACAAAUUUACCUUGAUGUCAGACAGUGAUUUCCAACAGGGAAAUUAAGCCGUUUUGUUGCUCUCUUCAAAGCCAGACACCAUUGAGGAAAACAGUGAUUUAACAUCACUGAACACAGGAGCUGCUGGUUUUAUUUAUUUUUAUAGCAUUAACUGAUGCUGAAUUUUUAAGAUGGGACUUUUUUUAGGAGGUUAAAAUGCGUUUUUUUGCCCGCCCCACGGUACAUUGCUUAGUUUCCGUUGCAGUACUACUGCCUGCUUCUCAAAACUGAGGCCAUGCCAACAGUCAUCUAAUGUAGAUAAUACACUGAUUAUGGAUAAGUACUCCAUACAACCCUGCUUCAAAAAAACACAAACUAUCCCUUUCAGUGACGGUUAAGGAGGUGUCAUAAUAUGGCCCAUGUCAGUCAGUUCAUACCCACAGAACUGAAUGUCUCAGUCUGCUAUUACUAUUUGAACAAUUAUUUUGCUGACGACUUGACACAAACUCUGCCUCAACUCUGCUUUAUCUGUUACUGAAGACACCCUGACAGCCUUUGACCUCAGCCGGCAGUAACGUUACUUUGAGGUGACAUCAGCGGACACACUACACACCAUGGUGCUGAACUACCAGGACAACGAGCUUCUGGGAAAUGUAGUCACAACAUCCCUUUUGAGGCCAUGAUACACUUUGUUAUUGCUCUCAAACAUUGUCUGCUGUGUGUAUCAUGCCCCGCUGUGAAUAUGUAGGGGUGUGAUGAUGCCGUCCAUGCCUAAUUCAUGUAUGUAAACAGACAACAAGCAGGGGUACACAACAUUGUACAUCAUUCCUUUCAUUCAAUUUUUGAAUUUUUAAUGCUUGUGUGAACACAGGUGUUUUAUUGCAUCCUAUGAAUGUAUGUAAAUAUGCAGGAGUGUACAUCGCUGCAUCCAGGAAACACACAGAGACUAUUCUGAUACCAUAUCUUAAAACAAAUCAGUGGUUGUGAAGAUUUCUUGUGUAAACCCUAAAUGUGUACAUAACGUAACGUUUCAGUACAUAUGAAUAUAUUAUAUUUUUUCUUUAUUCUAUCCAAGAUGCAUUUACAAAUAAAACUGAAAAGA